GUCUCUCGAUUUUGGGGGUUUUGGCAACACCCCCCGAAACGGCAGCAAACCCGCACGCACCCUGUGGAGAAUGGAGAUGGCCCACCCCGGCGCCUCCGCGUCCGCCGGCGUUGCCGACAUCACCGGCGAGGUAGCGUUCUGGACCGCGUGCCCGCACUGCUGCUACGUGCACUCAUUCCCGCGUCUCUACCUUGGGCGCCGCCUCCGCUGCCCGACAUCGGCCUGCCGCCGCGCCUUCGUCGCCGCUGAGCUCCCUGCGCCGCCGCCUAUCGUCCCUGGCUCUGACAUGUACUUCUGCACCUGGGCAUUCUUUCCACUAGGCCCGCCCGUAACCGCCGAGAGUUGGGUGCCCUUCACUACAUUCCACCCCUUCAAUCCUCCGCCGUCACCCUCCCCCGCCCCAAACCCCGUCGCCACAUCCGCCGACACGCCAUCCAUCGCAGGCCCUACUUCCAGGAGGAAGAUGGGCGUAUGUUUCAAGGGUAGGGCACGGGCUGAGGCGGAGGAGGAAGAGGUUGCAGCCGCCAUCGAUCUCGAAGUCGAGGCCGAGGCGGGUGUGCUCGGGGAGCAAUGGGACAGCGGCAUCGCCAUCAACGAGACGGUGGACCUCAGCGAGUUGGGCUUCCGCGUCGACGAGAUGGGAGUGCUCCACGAUUUGCCCUGACCGAUCAAGGGUUGAUGAAGGGAAGGUUGUGCCUUUUGAUCGCAAUCUUGCUCUUGUUAAUUCUGCCUACAUAGUAACAGCUCAACUGGGUCGAUGGUUGGUUGGGAAACUGAGAACUGCGCUAUCAAACAGGUGUGCUUUUGUGUAUGCUUAGUUUAGUAUCAGAUGCAAAUGUAGAGCUUUUGGUGCUUCAAAGUCGUUGAAUUUUGUGAUCAAACGUCAUGGGGAUGGUUAUGGAGAAUGUGGCUCCUUUUUGUGUGGAAUUGGACGUGCACAGUGGGUCCAUGUUCAUACCUUGCUAUGAACUUAUGAAAGAGUUUGUUUAAUGCUGCCUUAA